AGGGAGGAGGAGAGAGGGCGGGUUGGUGACGAGUGGUCACCCGCUCGGGCGCACGUGCGUGCUCUGCGAGACCGGCCGCUCCGUGCCGCGGGGACCAGCCUGGGCGCGCAGGGGUAGCGCGGUCUGCACGGCCGGGCCCCGCCCCCUAGCGGGGCCCCGUGGCUCCGCAGCCUUGCCCCGCUGCAUUAAAGCCGCCACCGGCGACCGCGCUGCGCUUCCUCAAGCGCUCCGUCCGCACCCGGCGGCCAGCAGGGCUUCCGGCCAGGGGCUUCCAGCCGCGCCUCGGGAUCCCUGCACGGAAUCCCCUGAGGGCGCCUGCCGCAGCCUUCCCAACCCCGGCAGGGAACGCACACGUCCAUCGGGGCCAAGUCCCCGUGCCGCCACCUCGAGGAUAGCCUGCGGACGGACGCGGUGCAAGGGCGGGAUCCAGCUGAGCGGCCCGCGGGGUCUCCGGAAAAGGGGCCGGAGCGCCCCGGGCCCUCGGGGGCUGCUGUCGGGCGCCACAAACUUAAAGGGCCCGAAGGCCGGGGGCGCACACGGCGGCGGCGGCCGUGGGCAUGGAGGGCGCGCUGGUGGCCAACUGGAGCACGGAGGCGGUGGGCGCGAGUGCGGUGUCUCCGGGGACUACGGAGAACGGCACGGUCGGGCCGCCGCAGCGCAACGAGGCCCUAGCGCGCGUGGAGGUGGCCGUGCUGUGCCUCAUCCUCUUCCUGGCGCUGAGCGGGAACGUGUGCGUGCUGCUGGCGCUGCGCACCACGCGCCACAAGCACUCGCGCCUCUUCUUCUUCAUGAAGCACCUGAGCAUUGCCGACCUGGUGGUGGCCGUGUUCCAGGUGUUGCCGCAGCUGCUGUGGGACAUCACCUUCCGCUUCUACGGGCCCGACCUGCUGUGCCGCCUCGUCAAGUACCUGCAGGUGGUGGGCAUGUUUGCCUCCACCUACAUGCUGCUGCUCAUGUCGCUGGACCGCUGCCUGGCCAUCUGCCGGCCGCUGCGCACGCUGCGCCGCCGCACCGACCGCCUCGCGGUGCUCGCCACGUGGCUCGGCUGCCUGGUGGCCAGCGCGCCGCAGGUGCACAUCUUCUCGCUGCGCGAGGUGGCCGAGGGCGUCUUUGACUGCUGGGCGGUCUUCAUCCAGCCCUGGGGGCCCAAGGCCUACGUCACGUGGAUCACGCUCGCCGUCUACAUCGUGCCCGUCAUCGUGCUGGCCGCCUGCUACGGCCUCAUCAGCUUCAAGAUCUGGCAGAACCUGCGGCUCAAGACGCUGGCGGCGGCCGCGGCGGCCGCGGGGCCCGAGGGGGCAGCGGCUGCCGCGGCGGCGGGCGGCGCAGAGCGCGCAGCCCUGGCGCGGGUCAGCAGCGUGAAGCUCAUUUCCAAGGCCAAGAUCCGCACGGUCAAGAUGACCUUCAUCAUCGUGCUGGCCUUCAUCGUGUGCUGGACGCCAUUCUUUUUCGUGCAGAUGUGGAGCGUCUGGGAUGCUGACGCGCCCAAGGAAGCCUCGGCCUUCAUCAUCGCCAUGCUCCUGGCCAGCCUCAACAGCUGCUGCAACCCCUGGAUCUACCUGCUCUUCACCGGGCACCUCUUCCAGGAACUGGUGCAGCGCUUCCUCUGCUGCUCCCCUGGCUACCGGAGAGGGGGCCGGCAGGGCGAGACCAGCGUCAGCAAGAAGAGCAACUCCUCCACCUUCGUGCUGAGCCGGCGCAGCUCCAGCCAGCGGAGCUGCUCCCAGCCCACCACUGUGUGACCCCGCCUCGCCUGGGCUGCCCCUCGAGGCUCCGCCCACAUGGGCGGGGUCAGGCUGCCCCUCGGGGCCGUGUGCGUAUGUUGUAAGGUACCUGUCAGUGUGUGUCCCUCCACACCUUGGGGUGGCUUCAGUGGGGUGGGGGAGAGGUCCCUGCUGGAGACGACGGGGCACCCAGCCAUCGGUCAUCCCCCCGGGCUCCCCGGUGUGCUUGUAAUGCUCUGACCUCAUGGCUACUCUGGGUGGUGGGAGGGUUGUUUGUCCCCUAGAUCUGUGACUCCGCUGUCUGCUCACUCCUUUAUUCUGGGAUCUUGUGGAAGGUGGAAAGGGCAAGGUUCUUGGCCACUGGGGUUGGGAGGCCCCGUAUUCUGGGCUUGGGCAAAGGAGAGGGACGGGGACCUCGGGUGGGGGGCGGUGCUGCUACCCCCCUGACCUCAGAGUGCAUGUGGGGGCAGGGAGGGUGCCUGCGAGACCACCUGGUAGAGGGAGCUCACGGAUGCUGAAGAAGGAUUUGGACCAACGAGGAGGCAUCUGGAUUAGAAAAGAAGUGGAACCGUUUGCAAGUGAACAUGAUUUUGUAUGUAGAAGAGGCUAAGGAACACACACACACACGCACACACACACGCACACUCCCCUCUGUUGGAGUUGACAGGCGACUGUAACGUGGUUGCGGGAUGCAAGAUCAGCUUGCAAAGAUGGGCGAUGUGUGUUCACUAGCGACAAGCACCGCGGGCCCGUUUGCACCAGCCGCAGGAAGAAUUAUGUAGGGAUAAACUUCACAAAGGCGGGCUCCGAAAAGGCCCUGGAGGCAGACGUCGGCAAGUGCGAAGACAGCCUGUGUUGCAGCUGGACUCCGCGCCUGUCCCGGCGGCCGUGCUGCCCGGGGUGCCGUGAGGAUUCACUAUAAUCGUGAGCAGAAAUCCUGGGGGGCUUCUUAGUAGAAAUCAAUGCACUGUCCCUAGAAUUGAGAAGAAAGUACAAGGGAUCCAGACCCACCGAAUAAACCCCGAGACGGAGCAGCACAGGCGUCGGGACCGGGAGUCCCACUGCCUGAUUCGAUAGUUGCUCUGAAGCUACGGGCACCGGGUCAGCGUGGCAGCGGAGCACUGGACGAAGAGUGGAGCUUCAAGCCUGUCCAUCGUGCUUGGUGGAUUUCGGGACAGGAGCCCAGGCAGUUCAGGGAAAGCCUGGUCUUGCGCACAAAGGAUGCUGGGAAAGCUGUGUACGUGCGGGAGAAUGAAGCUGGACCCUUGCCUUGCUCGCCCCGUGCACCAAAGCUAACUCGGAAUACAUCAAAGACCCCACCGUCCGAGCCGGCAGGCUACCUCAGCACAGAUCUGGGGUUAGGCGGCGGUUUCUUAGGAUGCCAGGGAUGCAAGAAAGCAAAGGAAAAAAAGUUGGACUUUGUGAACAUUUAGAGCUUUUUGUGAUGCAAAGGAUGUUACCAAGACAAUGCAAAGACAACCCAAAGAACGGAGGAAAAUGAGUGAAAAUCAUGGCCCAAGGGCAGGAAGACAAGCAAGGCAAUUAUGGGCGAAGGCUUUAAGGGGACAUUUCUCCACAGAAGAGAGAGGACGGCCAGCGAGCUCACGAGAAGGUGCCGACCGCGUCACUCAUAUGCGAACUGGGCAUUGGGCCUGGAAUGAGGUACCAUGUCAUAGCCACUGGUGGAAAGAUGGCCAUGAUACAUGUUGGUGUGGAGGAGCUGCUGUGGGGACCCUGCGCGUGGCCACUGGGGCUGCGGCUGUGGACAUCUGCUCAGAGUUAAACACGGAGCUCCCGGUGGCACAGAGGUGCCACGCCUCAGUCUCCACCUGUGAGAAAUGCAAGCACACACAUGGAACUGGUGCAGCCACACUCAUGGCACUGCGGUGUAGCUGGUAAAGCCGCUGCCCACAGGGCCAGCAUCCCAUAAGGGUACCACUUCGAGUCCCGGCCGCUCCACUUCCCAUCCAGCUCCCUGCUAGUGUGCCUGGGAAAGCAGUGGAAGAUGAGACAAGUGCUUGGGCUCCUGCACCCAUGUGGGAAACUGGAAUGAAGCUCCUGGCUUCAGAUUGGCCAAGCUCUGGCUUCGGGUCAGCCCAGCUCUGGGUGUUGCAGCCAUCUGGGGAUGAACCGAUGGAUGGAAGACACACUCUCUCUCUCUCUCUCUCUUUCUCCCCCUCUAUCCCUCUCUCCCUCCCUAAUUCUACCCUUCAAAUUAAUAAAUCUUAAAAAAAAAAACCUGUCCCAGAGUUGAGCUAUCCCAAGUAUCAGUCAGCCAAUGAAUGAGUAAAUGAAACAAGGCAUCAGUGCUGUGAGAUAUUGUUCACCUGUGAAAGAAAUGGAGUAUUGGUUCACAGAUGAACCUUAAGCACAUUAUGUGAGUGAAGAAGACACUUGGCCAAAAGUCCACACACUGAUGGCCCGUACAGGAAAUGCCCAGAACACAGGACACAGACAGAGGCGGGGGCUGGGGGCUGGAGGCUGCGGGCACGGCGGUGACGGCCGAGGGUGUGCCUUGCGCCACUGGGUGAUGAGAAUGUUCUUGCAUCGGUGCUGAGGCACAGUUGACAAUUUACUAAAAACCGCUGAACUGUGCACUUGGAAAAUGAAAUGUGGAGCGGCUGCACGAGGAGGUGGGCAGCGUGACGGAUGGGUUCCGUGGCGUCUCCGUGUGACUCAGCAGCCCCGAGGGACCCAGUUCUACGUGAGAAGCGCUCUUCGGUGUUUUGCAUUUGGGGAAAAAGGUGGCAGCUGCGGGGAUGGCCCUGCUCGGCCGCACGUGGCAGACCAACGCUUCCCCGAGGGUCUCCCUCAUCAAACACGUCCCCUGCCCCGCCUGUGGCUGGGAGGGUGGGCCACGACCUCAGCUAAGAAAAGCCUGUAGUCAUUCAGGUCCAGACUCAAGUGAUCGAUUGAUCGCGGGUUUUCUGUCUGGGCCUGGCUGGCUCAGGACUGUCUGGGGCCCCAUUUACAUUUCCGAACACCAUUUUGGACUUGACCACAACUGCUUCCUCGAAGAAAGCCACAGAGCCACUCUCUCUGGGUCUCACCUGCUUCUUCCUCUGCAGGGCGCGCGCGCACGCACGCACGCACGCACACACUGCAAUGACCUGGUGCGGUCUAGCUCUUCGGGGGAGAAGAGAGCACUCACUGAAACAUUCGUGUUCGAGGUACACGGUUUCAACUCAGAGCCUUCAGUCCUGGCUGGCGAGUGAAAAGCGCAGGUGCAGGCAGCUCACGGCGGGGCUCUGGCACUCACAGCCAGUUCUCCUCGCAGUGGAAGCUAGCAGGGUGCUGGCUUGGGGGCUCCGUGCCCACGGGCAGGACCUGUGGGGUGUGUGGCGUGCCAGUGCGGUGCUGGGCCCUGCCGGCAUCUGGGCCGUCCUGCUCCCCAGCAGCGGUGCCCCCAGGCUGCUGCUGUACCCCGGGGAAGUUGCCAUCUUGGCAGCCAGCAGUGGCCACUCGGGACAGCGGUCAGCAGUGGAUUUUCCAAGCAGGGGCACAGGCUGCCUGGGGACCCGGAGCUGUGAGGGUCCUGGCCUCGGAGCCGAGGUGGGUGUUUGACUUUUCUCAUGGUGUGGAAGCGCUGGCUGGCACCUUGGUUGGUGACAUCUGAUUUCAACAGCAUGGCUGGCCCUGCCCCCUCCCCCUGGUCGUCUUGCCCUCCCGGAUACUGUCAUGGUGUUCAGCCUUUCCCCACCCUGCGCCUGGAAGGGUGAGAGCAGGGGUCCGGCUGCUGCCUGCCGCUCGCGGUCUCUGUCCUUCCCGGGGUGUUACCACUGUGCGGAUGCCAGGCAGGCUGGGUGCCCAUUGGUGGGGUGUACACGCCCCCUCCACUGUGUUGUCAUGGCUCUGAUGGCCGCCCAAGGGCCCGCGUGGCUGCUGUCUUGUUCCUUCAGGCCCUGAAGAAGCACCUGUUGUGUGAUUUGGUCUCCUUUGGCUGGGUCUCUGUUGCCAUUUCCAGAAACGCAAGGGAACGGUACGGGCUGCCUUGUACGAAGAUCCUGGUUUCCAGUGCUUAGCUUUUCCUGUAAUCGGUCGCGGCGAAAUGCUGUUCAACGCAAAACGUGAAUCCCUUGGUUCUGUUCUCCUGUGGUGACGCCGUCUGGUGCCCCUUUGUGCUGUGCUCAUUGGCGAGUGACGCGGCCAGUGUGAGAUGUCUGGCCUGAGCUGCGUCCUGACAGGUGCACGGGAAUAAACACUGCUUCUCCUUC